AUGGUUCUCGAGGCCACAAUGAUCGCAAUCGAUAACUCCGAGUACAUGCGUAACGGAGAUUAUCUUACAACUCGUUACGAUGCUCAACUUACCGCCACAGAGUUCAUCUUUCAGAACAAGCUCAAUUCCAAUCCGGAGAAUACUGUGGGAUUGCUUUCAUACGGAGGCUCAGGUCCACAGGUCUUGUCUACGCUAACAACAGAUUUUGGUAAGAUCUUGUCUGGAGCUCAUGGUACCAAGAUUGAUGGAGAGAACCACUUCUCCAGCGGCAUCCAGGUGGCUGCCUUAGCAUUGAAGCAUAGACAAAACAAGGUCCAGAGUCAACGAAUCAUUGUCUUCGUUGGCAGUCCUCUCAAAGAAACAGAGAAGGAAUUGGAGAAGUUAGCGAAGAAGAUGAAGAAGAACAACGUUGCGAUUGACGUGAUCAAUUUCGGCGAGGAAGCCAUCAACACAGCCAAAUUGGAACGUUUCCAUGCUGCAGUUAACAACCAUGACAACUCUCACUUGGUGACCGUGCCUGCGGGCUCCCGUCUCUUGUACGAAGUGAUCGCAUCCUCUCCAAUUUUGGUGGAGGACGGCUUCGACAUGGAAGGCGCUUCCGGUGGCGAGUUCUUCGGCGGUAUGGACCCUAACAUGGAUCCUGAUUUGGCAUUGGCAUUGCGUCUUUCGUUGGAAGAAGAGAAGCUGAGACAGGAGCGUGAGGCAGCAGAGAAGAACAAGCAGCUGAGUAACUUAGACAUGAUAGACGAGGACGCCGAGUUCGAAAAGAAAGACGAUAAGAAAGGUGACGAUAAGCCUAGUGAAAACUAA